CACUUUGGCAAUUUCUCCCCCACCGCCUGUGGUGUCGUUACCGGUCUGAUCAUACUAGGUGAGUUCUUACUGUCUUUUCUUGCGGUACUUGCCAGAUGCUCUGGUCAAUCAUUCAUCGCGGAAAAGCAGCCCACUCCAAUAAUCUCCCCCUUGACAUUCUUCAUUCCUGGGGUUCUGCAUUGACUGUUUGCUGAUGCUGAACGGUUCAGGUCUGGAAUUCUUACUACUUUAAUUGCAAUUCUUCUUCUUUCUCCCCUUGGGACCCUCUUUCAUACCAUUGCUGUAUUUUCCCGGUUUAUGAUAGAUAUCAGUUUGGAACUUCUUCUCGCCUACUCGAUUUAAUCCUCGCUCUCCUUCUCUUCCUUCUUCUAUUCUCUUUUUUUAAACCCGGAUACCUGCCCUUCUGGCCCCCCGCCAUGCGGCCCGAAAUCGAACAGGAGCUUUCACAUACCUUGCUGGUGGAGCUGUUGGCUUACCAGUUUGCGUCCCCAGUGAGAUGGAUCGAAACCCAGGAUGUCAUCCUGGCCGAACAAAGGACGGAGCGCAUCGUGGAAAUCGGUCCCGCAGACACUCUAGGUGGAAUGGCAAGACGGACUCUCGCCUCCAAGUAUGAAGCCUACGACGCCGCCACCUCCGUGCAACGCCAAAUACUCUGCUACAACAAGGAUGCGAAAGAAAUAUAUUAUGAUGUCGACCCCGUCGAAGAAGAGGCCGAGGCCGCGGCCGAACCGGCUGCCAGCACAGCGGCCCCGGCUGCUUCGCCCGCUACAGCGGCUGCGCCUGCACAGUCCGCGCCGCCUCCAAGUGCUGGGCCGGCCGCCGCUGUUGAAGAUGCUCCGGUAACGGCGGUGGACGUCUUGAGAUCUUUAGUAGCACAGAAGUUGAAGAAAGGAUUGUCUGAUAUACCUCUGAGCAAAGCCAUCAAGGAUCUGGUCGGCGGUAAAUCCACUCUGCAGAACGAAAUCCUCGGUGACCUGGGCAAGGAGUUCGGGUCGACCCCGGAGAAACCGGAAGAUAUUCCUCUGGAUGAACUGGGUGCCGCCAUGCAAGCGACUUUCAACGGCCAGCUCGGGAAACAAUCCCUGUCUCUCAUUGCCCGCAUGGUGUCGUCCAAAAUGCCCGGUGGCUUCAAUAUCACAGCAGUCCGCAAAUACCUCGAGACGAGAUGGGGCUUGGGCUCCGGCCGGCAAGAUGGAGUCCUCCUGCUCGCCAUCACCAUGGAACCCCCCUCCCGUAUCGGUUCGGAGGCCGACGCAAAAGCUUAUCUGGACGACGUUGCCAAUAAAUAUGCCGCAGCUGCUGGAAUCAGCCUUUCAACGCCCACCGCUGGUGGCGACUCCGCGGGUGGUGCGGGCGGCAUGAUGAUGGACCCUGCCGCCAUCGAUGCGCUCACCAAAGACCAACGAGCACUAUUCAAACAGCAGCUCGAGCUCAUUGCGCGAUACUUGAAGAUGGACCUGCGUGCUGGACAGAAGGCGUUCAUCACCUCGCAGGAGACCCAGAAGACCCUGCAGGCGCAAUUGGAUCUCUGGCAAGCAGAGCAUGGCGAUUUCUACGCUGCGGGCAUUGAACCAUCCUUUGAACCUCUGAAGGCUCGGGUGUAUGAUUCGUCCUGGAACUGGGCCCGGCAAGAUGCCCUUAGCAUGUAUUACGACAUCAUCUUCGGCAGGCUGAGGGUUAUCGACCGCGAGAUUGUGAGCCAGUGUAUCCGGAUUAUGAACCGGUCGAACCCCCUGCUUUUGGAGUUCAUGCAGUACCACAUCGACAACUGCCCGACUGAUCGCGGGGAGACAUACAAGCUCGCCAAGGAACUGGGCCAGCAGCUCAUCGAAAACUGCAAGGAAGUCCUGGGAGAGGCUCCGGUUUACAAGGACGUCGCGGUCCCCACUGGUCCGCAAACCACCGUGGACGCACGCGGCAAUAUCGCAUACGAAGAGGCCCCUCGUGCCAGCGCCCGCAAGCUGGAGCAUUACGUGAAGCAGAUGACCGAGGGCGGCCCGAUCUCCGAGUAUAGCAACCGAACCAAGGUCCAGAACGAUCUGAAAAGUGUCUACAAAUUGAUUCGCGGGCAACACCGGCUAUCAAAGUCUUCACAGCUGCAGUUCAAUGCCUUGUACAAGGAGGUUAUCCGCGCUCUGAACAUGAAUGAAAACCAGAUCAUGUCCCAAGACACGGACGCCGCCAAGAAAACCGGUCGCAGCAAUGUCAAGCGCAGCGGUGGUCCCCGUAUGGGUAAGGUUGAGACCAUACCUUUCUUGCAUCUCAAGAAAAAGCUUGAGCACGGCUGGGAGUACAAUAAGAAGCUCACGGGAGUCUACCUGGACGGCUUGGAGUCCGCCGCGCGGUCCGGCUUGUCGUUCCAGGGCAAGAAUGUUUUGAUGACUGGUGCUGGUGCCGGUUCCAUUGGAGCAGAGGUCCUUCAGGGCCUGAUCAGCGGUGGCGCUAAGGUCACUGUGACAACGAGCCGAUACUCUCGUGAGGUGACCGAGUACUACCAGGCCAUGUACGCUCGCUUCGGUGCCAAGGGGUCGCAGCUCGUGGUUGUUCCCUUCAACCAGGGUAGCAAGCAGGAUGUGGAGGCUCUCGUUGAUUAUAUCUACGAUGCAAAGAAGGGGCUUGGAUGGGAUCUGGAUUUCGUCGUUCCGUUUGCUGCCAUCCCCGAGAACGGCCGAGAGAUCGACUCGAUUGACUCCAAGUCCGAACUCGCUCACCGCAUCAUGCUCACGAAUCUGUUGCGCCUCCUCGGCUGCAUCAAGGCCCAGAAACAGACCAACGGAUUCGAGACUCGCCCCGCUCAGGUCAUCCUUCCCAUGUCCCCGAACCACGGUACCUUCGGUAAUGACGGGCUUUAUUCCGAGUCCAAGCUUGCAUUGGAGACCCUCUUCAACCGCUGGUACUCGGAGAGCUGGAGCAAUUACCUCACCAUCUGCGGUGCUGUUAUCGGAUGGACUCGCGGCACUGGACUCAUGAGCGGUAACAACAUGGUGGCGGAAGGAGUUGAGAAGCUUGGCGUCCGUACUUUCUCGCAGCAAGAGAUGGCUUUCAACUUGCUUGGUCUCAUGGCUCCUGCGAUUGUCAAUCUCUGUCAACUGGACCCGGUCUUUGCCGACCUCAACGGUGGUCUCCAAUUCAUUCCCGACCUCAAGGGUCUUAUGACCAAACUCCGAACCGACAUCAUGGAGACGAGCGACGUUCGCCAAGCCGUGAUCAAGGAAACCGCCAUCGAGAACAAGAUUGUCAACGGAGAAGACAGUGAAGCGCUCUACAAGCGGGUCACUGCCGAACCUCGCGCGAAUAUCAAGUUCGAGUUCCCGAAUGUCCCUGACUGGGAGCAAGAAGUCAAGCCUCUGAAUGAAUCUCUCAAGGGCAUGGUGAACUUGGACAAGGUCGUGGUUGUCGCUGGUUUCUCCGAGGUCGGGCCAUGGGGUAACUCCCGAACUCGCUGGGAAAUGGAGGCCCACGGCCGGUUCUCCCUCGAAGGUUGCGUGGAAAUGGCCUGGAUCAUGGGACUCAUCAAACAUCAUAACGGUCCUCUGAAAGGACAAGCCUAUUCCGGCUGGGUUGAUGCCAAGUCUGGCGAGCCAGUGGAUGAUAAGGAUAUCAAGCCCAAGUACGAGGCCUCGAUCCUGGAGCACACUGGUAUCCGGCUUAUCGAGCCCGAGCUCUUCAAAGGCUAUGACCCCAACAAGAAGCAGCUGCUGCAAGAGAUUGUCAUCCAGGAAGACUUGGAUCCCUUCGAGGCUUCCAAGGAAACCGCGGAGGAGUUCAAGCGGGAACACGGUGAUAAUGUUGAGAUCUUCGAGGUCGCGGAGUCGGGCGAAUUCACAGUUCGUCUCAGGAAGGGGGCCACCCUCCUCAUUCCCAAGGCUCUUCGGUUUGACCGUCUUGUCGCCGGUCAAGUCCCGACUGGCUGGGACGCGAAGCGCUAUGGUAUUCCCGACGAUAUCAUCGAGCAAGUUGAUCCGGUCACACUGUUUGUCCUCGUCUGUACCGCCGAAUCGAUGCUUUCCGCCGGCAUUACGGACCCUUAUGAGUUCUACAAGUACGUCCAUCUGUCUGAAGUCGGCAACUGCAUUGGCUCGGGUAUCGGCGGUACGCAUGCCUUGCGAGGCAUGUACAAGGACCGGUACCUUGACAAGCCUGUGCAGAAGGAUAUCCUCCAGGAAUCCUUCAUCAAUACCAUGAGUGCCUGGGUCAACAUGUUGCUUCUGUCGUCCACAGGGCCCAUCAAGACACCAGUCGGUGCCUGUGCUACCGCCGUGGAGUCUGUGGACAUCGGCUAUGAGACCAUUGUCGAAGGGAAAGCGCGCGUCUGCUUUGUCGGUGGAUUCGACGAUUUCCAGGAAGAAGGAUCGUAUGAGUUUGCCAACAUGAAGGCUACCAGCAACGCGGAAGAUGAGUUUGCCCACGGCCGUACCCCGCAGGAGAUGUCGCGGCCUACAACCACCACUCGCUCAGGGUUCAUGGAAUCCCAAGGCUGUGGUAUGCAGCUUCUCAUGAGUGCUCAGCUUGCUCUUGACAUGGGUGUCCCGAUCCAUGGUGUCAUUGCCUUGACAACCACGGCGACGGACAAGAUCGGUCGUUCCGUUCCCGCUCCCGGCCAAGGUGUUUUGACCACUGCGCGCGAGAACCCUGGCAAAUUCCCCUCUCCCUUGUUGGACAUCAAGUACCGCCGCCGCCAGCUGGAACUCCGCAAGAAGCAGAUCAAGGAGUGGCAAGAAUCGGAGCUCUUGUAUCUCCAGGAGGAAGUUGAGGCUAUGAAGUCCCAGGAGUCUGAAUCGUUCAAUGUGCCUGAGUACAUGCAAGAACGAGCCCAGCACAUUGAGCGCGAAGCCGUUCGCCAGGAGAAGGAUGCUCAAUUCAGCCUUGGAAACAACUUCUGGAAGCAGGACUCUCGGAUUGCUCCUCUGCGUGGUGCCCUUGCAACCUGGGGUCUCACUGUUGAUGACAUCAACGUCGCUUCUUUCCAUGGCACUUCGACUGUCGCGAACGACAAGAACGAAUCUGAUGUUAUUUGCGAGCAGAUGAGGCAUCUGGGCCGCAAGAAGGGCAAUGCUCUCAUGGGUAUCUUCCAGAAAUACCUGACGGGACACCCCAAGGGUGCCGCUGGUGCCUGGAUGUUCAACGGCUGUCUGCAAGUGUUGGAUAGUGGACUGGUCCCUGGUAACCGCAAUGCGGACAAUGUUGACAAGGUGAUGGAGAAGUUUGACUACAUUGUCUAUCCCAGCCGCAGCAUCCAAACAGAUGGUGUUAAGGCGUUCUCAGUCACAUCGUUCGGUUUCGGCCAGAAGGGUGCUCAGGUGAUCGGAAUUCAUCCCAAGUACCUUUAUGCGACACUCGAUCAGGCUCAUUUCCAGGCCUACAAGUCCAAGGUUGAAGCUAGGCAGAAGAAGGCCUACCGAUACUUCCACAAUGGCCUAAUCAACAACAGCAUCUUCGUUGCCAAGAGCAAGGCACCAUAUGAAGAUGCGCAGCAGAGCAAGGUCUUCCUCAACCCCGAUUACCGUGUUGCUGUCGACAAGAAGACCUCUGAACUCAAGUUCCCGUCUGCGCCUCCCAAAGUGAACGACGCAGGGGCUCAGGGCACUAAGCAGAUGGUGGAAUCGCUGGCGAAUGCUUACGCUGCCGACAAUUCGAAGGUCGGGGUGGAUGUGGAGAUCAUCGAGUCCGUCAACAUUCACAAUGAAACCUUCAUUGAGCGGAACUUCACCGCCCAAGAACAGGAGUACUGUCGCAAGGCACCUUCUCCUCAGGCAUCAUUCGCCGGCAGAUGGAGCGCAAAGGAAGCCGUGUUCAAGUCUUUGGGCGUCCACAGCAAGGGCGCAGGCGCUUCGUUGAAAGACAUUGAAAUUGCCAGCGAUACGACCGGGGCACCAAUCGUCAAUCUUCACGGUGCUGCCGCUGAGGCCGCGAAGCAGGCUGGCGCCAAACAGGUUAAUGUCAGCAUUAGCCACAGUGAUAUCCAGGCAGUUGCGGUUGCGAUUUCGAAGUUCUAAUGUGAGAUGCGAUGAGACAUGUCGGUGGGUGUUUAUGAUUUAUAGAGUAUUUGUCUUUUUAUUAGACAUGUAACAUGCAAUGUGAAGAGAUUCAAUUAUUC